AUGUUUAACAGUUUUUUAAAAAAAGUUUUGUGUUUGAUUAUCAUCAUCAAAUUUGCGAAUAUAGAAAGUGCAAAAACAGACAAUAAUGGGAAACAACAAUGGAACGACACGUGGACGGAUAAGCUGAGAAGAGAUUUAUUGAGGUUCUACGAUAGACACUCGAGACCAGUUAUCAGUGACCAUCUGACUAAUGUCACGGUCAACACCGUUUUAAAAUAUGUCGAUCUGGACUUCCAAAAUUCAAUUAUGACCAUUAACGCCUGGGUAUCGAUGACUUGGCAAGAUGAAAAACUUCUGUGGAAUGUAUCAGAUUACGGAAACAUAACAGGUGUAAACAUGGCUUAUGAUGAAAUAUGGAUGCCCGAUAUUGUGGCCUACAACAGUGCUGACGGGCAACACGAUGAGACUUAUGGGAAGAUUAACUGUGUAGUCCGUUCGGAUGGAAUGGUUCAUUGGAUACCACCAGCCAAGUUCCGAGUCUUUUGCGAUGUAGAUUUGACCAAUUGGCCAUUUGGAGAGCACACCUGUUCGUUGAGACUUGGCUCUUGGACGUACGACGGCAAUUCCGUUAGCAUGCAAAUCAAUCAGAAAAUAAACACUGCCGAAAUGAUAAGCUUGGAAGAAGGUUGUAAAUGGGACAUCACAAAGGUGACGCAAAGACGAAGAGUCGAGAGCUACUCUUGCAAUUCCAACGACAUAUACGAGGACAUUCACUACAGCAUCACCGUGAAGAGAAAAAUACCGGCGUACCACAGCAUAGUAGUCAUACCAGCGAUAGUCGUCGUGUUCCUGACGCUAUCCGUCUUUUGGCUACCUCCGGAGUCGACGGAGAAAUUCAUGUUGAGCGGCGUUACGCUGGUCGUGGUAUGCAUACUGUUGAUGAUGAUCUCCGGCAAUGUGCCCAUCAUGAGCGAUCGUAUCCCGUUAAUAGUAAUAUUUUACUCAAACUCGCUGGGCAUGGUCACUCUAUCGAUGGUAUUCUCAGUGCUAUUACACAAUCUAGCUAAAUCCAAACAACCCGACCACAAAGUACCCAAGUACAUCACUCAGCUGUUGAAUACGAAAUUCGGAACUGUCAUGAGGUUUACAUCAAUGAAGAACGAUUACGAGGAUAAGAUAUUGGACGAAUCAAAUGAAGAUAAAUCACAACAUCCUCAACUGAAAGAAAGUCAAUGGUAUUAUCUGGCUCUGAUUUUAGAUAGAACGAUGUUUAUUAUUUACUUAUUUUUGUUCAUUGCUAUGGUGAUUUAUUUUCUGAAGUGA